UCCCUUCUGGCCUCGCUCUAUUUCCUGUUUACGGAAUACUCUGAAUAGCUGAUUCAACCUUCAAUUGUCAAGCUCAACGGAUCAAGGUUAAAUACACCGGCCAGGUAAUUGCCUAAUUGCCUGUCAUGGCACAACCAAAGGUAUACGUAACGCGUAGAGUGCCAACCGAGGGCUUGGAGCUGUUGAAGAAAAGCUGUAAAGUCUCCGUGUGGGACAGCGACGAUGUUGUUCCAAAGGCUACUCUCAUGGAGCAGGUGGCUGGGAUGGACGGACUGUUCUGCACGAUUAGUGACAUCAUCGACAAGGACGUUCUGGAGGCUGCCGGUCCCAAUUUGAAAAUUAUCGGCACGAUGUCCGUGGGCAUGGCGCACAUUGACGCACGUGAAUGCGCCAAAAGAGGGGUACAGGUUGCCAAUACACCGGACGUCGCAUCCGACAGCGCUGCCGAGUUGACGGUGGCGUUGCUGUUGUUGACAACGCGACGACUUGCCGAAGGCAUCCAGGCGGUCAAGUCGGGAGAGUGGGGCUUAUGGCGACCUAUGUGGCUGUGUGGGGUGGAAUCCGUCAACCGCACCCUGGGGAUUAUCGGAAUGGGGAGGGUGGGCUUCGGGGUAGCCAGGAGAAUGAAACCUUUCGGUGUCAGCCGCAUCAUCUACUACGACGAGUUCCAAGCGGGGUAUGCAGCUGAUGUCGGUGCCGAGCUUGUGGACUAUGACACCCUGCUCCGCGAGUCCGACAUCAUCUGCAUCUGCUGUGCCCUCACACCCCGCACCCGGGACAUGUUCAACGCGAGCGCGUUCGCCAGCAUGAAAAAGUCCGCCAUUCUCAUCAACACGGCCAGGGGACCAAUCGUUAACCAUGACGACCUCGUCCAGGCUUUAACCCAGGGGGACAUAGCAGCAGCUGGCCUUGACGUCACAGAACCAGAACCGCUCCCUACAGACCAUCCCCUCAUGGCGUUGGAUAACUGCAUCAUAUUGCCCCACCUUGGCACCAACUCGAGGGAGACACGUAUCAAUAUGUCGACCAACACAGCCAUGAACAUAACAGCAGUGCUCUGCUGUGGACAAGCAUAAGUUUUGGCUUCAUUUUAUUUUUAGUUGGUUAACGGAUAUUUUCUACAAGGUUUUGGUCGGUGUUCGAAAUAAGAUAUAACUAAAAUUAUAUUCUUCAGUUAUUUUCUCUUUUCUUUUAAUAUAGUGUCGGGUGACGAGAAGAAAAUUAAAAUGUUCAAGUUUUUUUAGGUAUUGUAGUAAAAAACCAAGCAGCGAUGUUAAAUGUUAAUAGUGUAGAACGUUCACAUAAAAACGUGUGGUGUUCCAUUGAAGUGAGGGAUAGUAUUGGAGCAAAUUCUGUCUUAUUCUUAAGAGCGAUUGUCAGUCUCAGUGUUAACAAAAACAACAUUAAACUUUUUUUCACAGUCGUGAUUUUUUAGCUCACCGUUCCGUCAACCAAGUAAUAUUAAGGCGUCUGUAAUGUAUUAUGUGAGAGAAGAUAUAUAUUUUGUUUCUGUGUCAGCAUACACGUAGAUGUACAUUUCUCGUUAUGCCUGUCUUGUCUUUGGAGGCUGACAUAAAUGGCUAUUAAAAAUAAUGAAAUCUG